UAUAAGGCUAUUAGAUUGUGUAAAAAUGUAAUGAAUAUGUAAAUACUGUCACAACAGAUAAGUAUGCAUGUGUGUAUGUGUGUAUAUAUGAGAUUAUCGGAAUAUAUACAUAAUGUGUGUGAAUAAAUUGCAUCUUUGGUUGUAUCUUGCAAAACAUGUCAUACUUUAAAACAUUGUAUUCCACCAAAAUUAUUUAAAUAUGCUAAACUAUACGUUCCUAUACAUGCAAUUUUAAUAGCUGUAUGCCUAAAAUUUAAUUAUGUGACAAUGUGAUUACUAUUCAGCGUGUUAUGAUCUAUUAAAUGCGCUGAUCCUUUAUUGUGCCUGCCAAAUAUAUAAGGCUGAGUGGAGUGGUAUACCGCUCCAAGAUGGCCGCCCUAAAUCUCGUCAGCUCCAAUAGGCGAGAGCGGCCCAUGAGGCGUCUAUCCAUAUAUUAUGUCUAUGGGUGUCCGUCCCCGCCCCUUUCUGUUUGCUGUAGCGAGGUCCUUCUCCUUCUCGGUGUACUUGCUUCGUGCAGCUGCUUCUUCGUGGAACCAUUGUAUUAACCACAGACGUUGAGGCCAGUCGGAACAAAACAGUUGGAACACAAAAUGGCUGCCUGGUUGCUGCGUUCAAGUCGACUUGGUGCACUCAAGUUUGACAGCUGGGGCACUCUGAGACAUUACCCCCCUGCUUUGUUCUGCAGUGAAGCUAAAGAGCCAGUAAAACCAGUGAAAAAUACAAAGGAUCCAGACAAGAGAGGUGAAGAUGAGAGGGCAGCUAAGUGGACUUACAAGACUGCUGUGGCCUUUCCAGUUAAAUUAUCGGAUCCUGGAGUUUUGCCACCCUUCCUAGGUGUAACUAAAGAGCCAUUCCGCUUCACUGCCACAUCAGAAAAAACUGCAGCAUCUGUUACUGCUUCCACUAAAUCUGCUGGAGAAAAAUCAUCGGCUGUCACUGCUUCAUCUGACCUGUAUCAAAGCCAAAAAGAAGUUUCUCAGAUACUUUCUCAUGAUACUUUACAGGUAUUUGUACCAGCAGAAGAUGGUUCAGUUGAGGCACUUUGUAAAGGCUCAGUACCGGGAGACAUUCCUUCCCUUGCUGUGACCAUAGAUGAUGUUGUAAAACCAACUAUGGUUUCUUCUAAGCUUGGGAAUUCAGCAGCUGAAGAACUGUCUUCCUCAUCAUCCAGCGAAUCUGAUACAGAGUCAGACUCGGAGUGCAUUCCUGAAGAUGAGAAUUUAGAGGCAGAAACUGAAACCAGAAGCUUUUCUUUGGAAUUGCAACAACCAAGUCAUCAAGAACAGGGAGAAAUUAAAGAGUUUAUAGUUAGUGGAGUGACUAAGGCCCUUCCUAAUGCAGAGGAAACAGCAGAUCAAUCUGUAGUACAGGCCUCCAGAGAUAAUUCGCGAGACUCAGUCUUUGAUAUCCUUACUGCUACAAAGAGCACAGUUGAGCUUACCAGUUCAGAUUUUUCAACCCAUACUGCUCCUACUGACACCCUGUGUGAAGCUCCAGCUGUACAUGUGGAGCAACAUGAAGCUCCAGAAAAAGCCCAGUCAAAUUCUCUUUUAAAAGCAGUAAAGGUGCUUACAGAAUUUGAAGAUGGCUUAGGGGAUGCUGGUGAAGAAUCAUGGGAAAAAGCUUCUACUAUUGGGCCUGUACAGUCAAAAACUGUCUCUGUUGAAGUAGCUGCUGAUCAUCCAGCUGAAGUUGGCACCUCUGUUGAGCUGGAGGACUCUGCCCAGGUGCUAGUGGAAGCUACUGGAGAGGAGCUGCAUGCCAAGACCACUGCUGAACAGACUAAGGAGUCAGCAGCAGUACCUCCAGAGCCUGAGAAAUCUUUUGACAACAGCACUUACAAAAACUACCAGCACCACAGCUACACCAGCUACACAUUUGCAGACCUGGAUGAAGAGAUGGCCAAGUAUCGCCUCCCUCAGCCCUCGUCCGGCAAACUGUCACCCAGACACUAGGGAGUAGGUGGUGUGCAUAGUGGUGGUGGCGAUGUUGCAAAAUUGGUUGUUAAAAUGUGAUAUGAUUAAAGAAGUGUAAGAAAUUAA